AUGGCGUCAAACAAACCGCAAGUUGUGGGAUGGAUAGGACUCGGAAGUAUGGGACUUGCAAUGGCACAGAAUGUCCACAGAUUUCUCCAACAAGACACAAUAUCACAAUUAAGAUUCUGGAAUCGAACGGCAUCUCGCGGCGCGCCACUUGAAUCACUUGGAGGUAUUGGAUGCGAGUCUAUCGCCCAACUUGUCGCUGAGUGUGACCUGAUAUUCAUAUCUACCAGUGAUGAUGGGGCUUUGAAUGCUAUCGUUGACCAAAUAUUGACCGUCAAAGAUAUUGACGGCAAGUUGUUUGUGGAUACUACCACUGUGCAUCCUAAUACGACCAAGGAGACAAAUGAAAAGCUGAAGAAACGAAAUGCAUCCUUCGUUGCUGCACCUGUCUUCGGAGCCACCCCUGCGGCGGAAAGUGGCACAGUGUUGAUGGCGAUGGCCGGCCCAAGUCAAGCCAUUGAUAAAAUUGCACCUUACGGAAAGGGUGUCAUUGCUCGGGAUGUGAUGAUUGUCUCGGAUCAACCCGAGAAAGCCACUCUUCUCAAGACUUUGGGUAAUUUCCUCGUUGCAGGCACAAUGGAGAUCGUAGGAGAAGCCCAAAUGCUAGCAGAGAAAAGUGACCUUGGCACAGACAUGCUUGAAAAGUUGCUUGAGCUGAACUUUGGAGGUUUGAUGCAUUCCAGCUCUAGGCGCAUGACGCAGGGUGUUUACCUGCCGGAGGAAGGUCAAGCCCCUUGGUCCAACCUGAAUCUCGGGAUCAAGGAUGUUCAGCAUGGCAUCAGUUGCGCCAAAGAUGUCGGUGCGAGAUUAAAAGUUGCCGAGGUGGCACUGGAUAAUAUGGUGCGGGCAAAGGACUUCUCAGAUGCGCAUGGCGGCCGGCCUUUAGAUUCAUCGUCUGGGUACGGUAUCAUACGUCAAGAUUCUGGGCUUGACUUUGAAAAUACCUUUGUGAAGGAACGAGACGCCAGGAAGGAAGAUGAUUCUUCUCGAUAG